AUGUCAAUAGCAGAAGAAAAUAAUAUCAUUGACCACGAGCUCAUGAGUUCACUUCCGCAAGAAGAUCAUGAUAUAUUGGAUGAGUUCUUGGAUCAAAGAGUUUACGACUCAGUUUCCACCGCAAAUCAAGAUUUGGUAGAUCUGUUCUAUCUGAAUCAACAUGGACAUGGCAUUAACUCCCUGCAACCACGCUUUCAAGAUGUGGAUAUAUCUCCAACAUUUCAAGGUCCAUCUACCAUGCAAACACCAACCAAUGAAUCUUAUAUGUAUAUGGAUGGAGGAAAUUUCAAGAACAGCGAGUACACAACACCUCUUGAAUACAGAACGAGUUUUAGAAGUCCUAACACAAACUUCAAUAGCCCAAGCAGUAAUGAAAAAAGAGAUAGUCAAUUAUCAGACUACGAGGAAAUAAGGGACGAGCUAUCCAAGCUCAAGUUCGGAAAUCAAAAUAUGAACCCAUGUCCUCCUUCGGUUGAUGUACCAGAUCCCUCCUAUUUAGAUUUUUCUCAGGAAGCAAUGUCGAAAAUGCCAUUUAACUUGCAUUUAUCAAGUUUACCCAGCUACUCAAGAGUAGAAACUCAGGUGAAAUUAAAGUUUUCUUUAAGUCCACCGCCACCACAACUGUUAUUGCACAUACCUCAAGAUCUCGUAUCGAAAAACAAGUUUUGCCUUAAUGAAAACGUUGAAGAUUUGUCGCCAAAAGUGAAGCAAAAUUUAUUGUAUUUGGAUACUUAUGUUUUGACUUCUAAUUUUGAAAAAUCUUGCAAUAUAUGUCCAAGAUGUAUAAAGAGAGAACAAAAGAGGGCAUCAAGAAGGAAGGUAGGCAACAGUGGUAAUGAAUCAGAAAAUAAUGGAAAUGAAAAUUAUUCCCCGAUGAGCGGAAGUGCAAAAAAUAAUGCAAAUUCAUGGGCAGAUGAAAAGAUGAUGAAAAAGGCUAUCAUUUUUAAUUGUAAAGAAAUAGUAUCUUUUCCGUCCCCAAAUGGCUUGAAUAGUGAUUUGAGCAAGUCUUUGGAGCUUUCCGCAAGGAUUAUAUGUUAUUGUAGGCAUCAUAAUGAGUCAGAAGGGUUCAAAUUAUUAUUCGUUAUUACUAAUUCCGAAGGAAAAGUUGUUGCAAAGCAAAUAUCGUCAACAAUCAUGAUUAUGGAUAGGAAAAAGAAUACUGCAUCAGUGCCGUCAAAUAAUGUCAAUAAUAACCUCGGUCAAGUGCUAAAGAAAGAUAAUACAACAAGGAAAACACUUGAUGCAUCAGCAUCGAGCAUUACAAACGAGAAUGAAAUAAUGUCACAACUUCAGCCUUUAUCACCAAACUCAAUCGACGAAUCCAUGUCUGAAAACCAAGUGAAUACUGAUACAGAUGGCAGAGGGUUCAAAAGAAAGAAGCUAUCAGUCGAUGAUUCAUUAAAUUCGUCCACAAAUCCAAUGUUUAAUGGUAGUGUUAAUGGAUUCUCACCUUUAAGUAAUAGCGACACCAAUACAUCCGCUGCAACAAACAUACUAUCUAAGCCUUUGAAUAAUCAUUUGGGAAUUUCUCCCCUUGCAUCUCAAAUUCAAGGACAGCAUCAACAAUCUCCGACUAUACAAAGAAUAAUUCCUGCGCAAGGACCCUUGAGAGGUGGUAUUGAAGUAACGUUAUUAGGUUUUAAUUUUCAGCCUGGUUUGCAGGUUAAAUUUGGCGCCAACCUAGCCCUAUCCACACACUGCUGGUCAGACUCUACAAUAGUAACAUAUCUACCCCCGGCUUCUCAACCGGGUCAAGUUUUGGUGAGUUUGGAAAAUCAUGAAGCAAUUCUUACGAAUGUCCAGCAGCAACAAAUCUUCACCUACACUGAUGAUACAGACAAGCAAUUAAUUGAACUAGCACUACAAAUUGUCGGACUUAAGAUGAAUGGUAAAUUAGAAGAGGCUAAAAAUAUCGCUAGAAGGAUAGUAGGAACUGACGCAAGUGGCCAGUCUGGUUCUUCUCCAAAUAGCUCUGUCUCUAAUGCUCCUACUGAUUCUCCAACAAAGCAAGCUGAGAUUGAAGGUAACAUUGAAUGGUUUAAUAGUGCACAUAAAGCAGUCGAACAAUUAACUAGCGCAACUUUGGCAACUGAGGAAAUAUUAAUAAACUUCCUUUCCCUUGUUGAUUUGCCUAAUUGUCCAAUUAUAAUACCCAAUUGGCAAUUAUGUAAUGAACAAGGCCAAACUUUAUUUCACUUGGCUACUUUGAAGAACUAUAAACAUUUAAUUGGAUUUUUAAUCACGCAUGGUAGCAAAAUUGAUGUCAAAGAUAACCAAGGUAUUACACCGUUAUUUUUAGCAUCUAUGUGUGGUCAUCGUGAAUUGAUUAGAACGUUUAUUGAAUGCAGGUCUAACUGGAAUUUGAAACUUUCAAAUGAUAAGCAUUUGAAGGACUAUUGUGAUUUAAAUGUAUUGGAUAUGUUUAAUAAUUUGGAAGAAAUGUCUGUUGAAAGUGAACCUUCUUCGAAUAAAUCAAAUGACGAAGUUGACGACCAAUUAAAUAAGUCAAGAAGCUUGGAUUCUUUGAAUUCAUUAUUUACUUUGAGUUACGGUCGCCGUAUUUCUAAAAUGGUAUUUCAAGAUAAAAUUGAAAUAGUGAAUGAUACAAAUGCUGAAUGUGUUGAUUCAUCUUACUACAGUGACAAUAAUUCCGAAUUUGCAGACUCUGAAUAUGAUUCAAAUGAUGAGGAUGAUGCUUCAUUGGGACCUGACCAAGAUGAAACCGAAUCUACUUCUAAGUUUGAAAUUGAACCCGACAGAAGAGAAGUUCUUGAUAAAUCUUUGAUUUCAGAAUCCCCAGCACCUGAUGACACGCAUGAUUUAGAUCCUAAUAGCAGUAGCUUGUGGUCGAAGGUUAAAAGAGCUUUCAAUAAUGAUGAUGAUGACAGUCAGCUACCCUCUUAUGAUGAUUUGUUUCCAUUUGGACCAUCUGCUUUUCAUUCAAAACCUAAGACUCACAUUGAAAGAACACUCAAUGAUCAUAGCAAGCAAAGCGGAAAUGUUUUGAGAGCUUCUUCAAGCACCGCUACUGAGCUACAAGAAGAUGCUGGGAUAGCAUCUGAUUCUUCAGAUGAUGUUGUCAUGUAUAUCAAUCGUCCACGUAAAAAUGUGGAGCAUGAUAAAAUGCUCCUUUUCUUUUGGUUCCCAGCACUUGUCUGCGUUGCUAGCUUAUUCAUCUAUAUUACAAUCAUGGGCUACAAAGUGCAAUUUGUUGAGGACUUCAAGAAUUUCCUGAGAUCGACUCUUGGAAAUUUGAUGGUUGGUAAUGAUAGACUUGCAAGGGUAUUCAAGAAGAAACCUAAUGUGGAUAAAGUGAUACGCGCGACCCAGAAGAUGAUAAGCUAA